CCGGGCCCUAGUACAUCUGGAAUGAUGCGCAUCUACACUGAUGAUUCUCCUGGUCUUCGUGUUGACCCCGUUGUCGUCCUCGUCUUGUCAUUGGCCUUCAUCGCUUCGGUUUUCGCCCUCCAUAUUUACGGAAAGUUGACCCGUGCUUAG